UCAAGAUGGCGACUAGAAAGCCGCCGUAAGUUUUCGCGCCUGAUUUUUUGUCAUAAUUUAUUCAAAAGUGGCUUAGUACUCCUCUUGGCGCCUGACUCGGCCGGUCCUUUUCGUGCGAAAUGGCCUGAUUCAAUGCUUACAGAAAGACAUUCAAGCGCAUCAGACAUUAGAACUUGCGGCAAGCUUAACAGAAAUUAUAUUGGGGAUCACUCCGACCAGAUAAACUGAAGCCUUCCCAACCGACAGCCGGAAUAGCCCGCAAUACCCAACAGUCUUUUGCCUCUCUUGCUGAUCGGUUCGGUGCUGUGGACGCCGCAAGCAGGUAGUUGCCGUCUAUUUGUAUGCAGUGUGAGUGCCCUUGGGAACCCAUCCAUGACGCUUACAUCGACUCCAAUAAACCAUCACGUCCAAUCAAACUCGAAGUUAGUGCAAAGUUGAUGGAACCACUGAGGAUGCGGAACACUAAACAGAAUGCUGUGUUAACUGGUGCGGACUGCCUUCCGCCAGCUGUCAAGAAUGCAGCUUUCACCCCAAACCAGACAUCAUACACUGAUGGCUCGACAGUUACAUUCACCUGUAAUAUUGGUUAUGAACUGGACGUACAGAGCAUACAAACGUGCAACGAAAGUAGAUGGGAAGGAAAAUCACCAACAUGUGAUAUCAUGAAGUGUCCAGAUUUUGGAAUAAUUGACUAUGCGAACCUAAACACCGGUGGAGGUAUUGGACAUGAUUAUGGAAGCAUUGUAAAAGUAACAUGUCAUGACAGCUACGUGUUGGAUGGUCCUUCCUCUGUUUUAUGCCAGGCAGACGGAACUUUGGGUAUGAAGCCAAUCUGUAAACCGUUAGAUUGCGAUAGCUUCAUUGGAAUGAAUUAUAGUUGCUUAGAAAACUUGAUUUUGAAUAAAACUCUGGAUUACCUUAAAUGUAAGACUGAUGUUCAAAAUACCACAAUUGGAUUGGCUAAUGAAAAUACGUCUUAUGAAUGUGAGGCGUCUCAGGAAUUGAUGUACUCGGUAUUGAGCUGUUUUUGCGAUUGCAAACUUUCGUACAAUGGUUCCACUGUAAGACCAGAAAACCUUACAAAUGAUAAUCUGGCACACGGUAGUGUUUUGAGAUGGAGCUGCAAGGAAGGAUGCACAGAAAAUACAAUCAAAAUUCUUGAAUGCAAUGACGAAAAGAUCGGAAUGCUUAUGUGUACUUGUAUAGGCACCACUGAAUCGUCAAUUACAACCGAGAACAAUGCCACUAAAGUAUUGACAGUCACUACAGACGGAACAUAUAAACAUACACCCGAGAGUAAUACCACCAAAGAAUAUAGUGUCACCACAAAAACAACAUUUGGAGAGACCUCUGUAAAACAUGCGUCUAAGAGCCAAAGCCCAAAAGAAUCAACAACAUCAUCAGUGAUGGCGUUUGGUCAUACCACUGAAUCAUCAAUUACAACCCAGAGCAAUGUCACUAAAUUAUUGGCAGUCACUACAGAAGAAACAUAUGAACAUACACCCGAGAGUAAUACCACCAAAGAAUAUAGUGUCUCCACAAAAACAACAUUAGGAGAGACCUCUGUAAAACAUGCUUCUAACAACCAAGGCCCAAUAGAAUCAACAACAUCAUCAGUGAAGGCGUUUGGUCAUACAGCCGACAAACAAGGUCCUCAACCCCAAAUGCAGGCAAUAUGGGCCAUUGUUGCCGUCACUUUUAUCGUCGUUCUUUUAAUACUACCAGGAGUCAUACUUUUUUAUUAUAAAAGGAAAUUGUGUUUCAAGUCUAGUGUUGAAUCCGAAGAUACUGAAGGACUUCAUAUGGGAAAUGCAAGAAGUAGUCAUCCCGAGCCCACAAACAAAAAUGAGCCUAAAGGUACUGACAUACAUGCAACAUUAAUAGAGGGUGAUAUACCAACUGGCUCUACGCCUGACGUUGAAUCCGAACAUAUUGAAGGACUGCAUACGGAGACUACGAUAAGCUGUCAACUUGGGCCUGAAACAAACACGGAGCCUUUAAGUACUGAAAUGAAUCAUGAAAUAUUCAAAGAGAGUUACGCAACAAAAAGUCAAGAUAAAGGUAUAAACGUGAGUGAAAACGUUACUGUUACAAUUCUGUAAAUGCAAACCUUCAUUGAACAGUGCAUAUUUCAAUAGAGGCUUGAAAAUUGAAUAGAGACCACCAUGUAAACACAGAGUAGCAAUUAACUGAUUAUUUCUUUUUUAUCGAAUCAAUAUACGGUACAAAUAACGAAAUGUAGAUGUUACUUCAAUAUUUUUUUGGGGACACUUCCAUUCUAUUUCAUUUAGCCACUAUUGGAAUUUUGGUGUCAAAAAUAAGACACAUAAAACAAGUUCUAUGAUACUUGUUUACUGAGUCUGUCCUGUAUAUAUAUUGGGCAGACUAAAUAUGAGAAAUGUUUUGUGUGAAUAUGUAUAUAUGUAUAUGAAUAUAUGUGAAUAUAUAAAUAUAACCUAUAUAAAUAAAUAUAUAUAUUCAGCUUAAAAUAACAAUAAGCAAUGGGAUAUUCAUUUAAAUACGGAAGCCAGACUAAGCAUUCGCUUUGGUCAUAAAUGUUACCAUAUUCAUGGUCCACGCUGAGCAUUGGCAUGCCCGCAAACACUGAAGGGCAUGCUAACCUUUAAUGACUUAUUGAUUCACAAACACCUCACACAAAUGACCGGUGUCCUGAGCAUUUGUUACCUGAAAAAACACAAAUGAGUAAUGUUAAACAGAAUACUAUGAGAGAUCGUUCCAUUCAUUUUCAAAAGAUAAUUUUAUUAUGUCUGCAUUCUCUAAUGUUUUUACAUCUAUAAAAGGGAUCUAGUUGCUAAGCGUUUCAUUCAAAAUCAAUCACAUUAUAAUUUCUGAUUAAAUUGUAAUAACCAAAAAUAAGGACAGUGAUGGGCAUGCUAUUUUAAAACAAACUAGGUUAAUAUUAAUACUGAAAGUGUUCUUUAACAGUGAACCAUUUUUUCUAGUAAAUUGUUUAUUGGAAUGACCUUUUUGCUUUAAAUGAACCAGGGUAAAAAAAAUCCUUACGCGAAAUAUUAUAUAUUUUUUUCAUAGAAUUUUCCUUUUGAGGGGGCAACUGCUAUAGCUCAUUUAACAUGAAAAGAUGUACAUAACAAGUUUUAAUAAAGUAAAGAAGACGGAGUAAAAACUAACAAGUAAUCAUUCUGACAAAAAACACGAAUAAAAAGGCUUGCUCAAAUAUUUAAAUGUACCAAUACUGAAUGAUUUAAAACAACCCCUUGGAAGGCUAAUUCAGUGAACCGGACGUGAUACAUGUACAUAGGUUCAAUACAUAACCUGUUUGUAGGUUUUGGGCCAAUUUUUUUGUAAACGGAAAAUAACGUUGAUAAAAUACACAAAAAUUCAUACAUCAACAUAAACAAGUAGAUUGCGUGAUUUAAAUUAUUGAUUUUGUAAUGCAUUCAUUUCGGUUUUUGAACUAGGUAAUGCUUCAUUGAAAUUUCAAGCAUCCAGCCGUCACGAUUGUUUACGAAAUUUCGGAAAUCGACGGAUUGCAUAUGAGAAAAGUUCAACCUUAAUGAAUGAAGCACUUUCUGUAUUACAAGUUGAAGAGGAGUCUUAAAAUAUCUAAACGUGUACCGGAACUGGUUCUGGUUUGAAACUGGUUCACUAAUUGUAAAUCUUGAGAUCACCCCCAAAGACACCAAGUACUGGUUCUAGGCAGAGGAAACGGACUCGAUAGCGUUUCAAUAAGAGUGAGGCUUUUGAUGCAAUCGAGCUAAAAUGAAUAGGUUUAAUCUAACUGUAUUACCAACGAUUUUGAAACGAAAUACAGCUUCAGAGAUAUUCUUUAAUCAGUUACACCUAAUGCUAGUCUUUUUUAUUAUUAACCAUGUUCGAGUCUAGACUAAAUCCCUUUUAGUUCAUUAUUUAUUUAAUAAUCGCAUAAACAAUACAAUGUAAACUAUUGUUCGCAUUUUUGCUACAUGUCCUUUACAACAGAUUGUGAUAGCUUGAUAACAAUUUUAAGAUGGAUCUCCUCUCUUUCACAAAUACAAAAUGGAAUAAAAAACGAAUUGACAUGCAAUUUUAAAGAAAAUGCACUUCCACUGAAUGUAGGCACAUAUAGAAAUACGUGGUCGACAAAUGCCUCAAACAACAUAAAACACAUACUUUAAAGUUCCUCUUGAAUGUAAUAAUCUAAUCUAAGGCAUCAACAUACUCAAGUCACAUAUAUGAUAUAAGAAAUCACCAUAUAAGACAUGCCUCAGAUCUUAAAAUGGCUUUUAUGCAAGAAGAAAAGGGAAAACUUAAUUAUUUAGUUCAAUAUAACCAAUGAGGUAAAUGUUUAUUUGUUUAAUGAUAUUGUUACAGUUUACUUAAUAUUUUGUGUUCAAUGCUAUAUUCUCAUAACAUAUUAAAAACAUUUAUUUUCCUUCACUUACUACGGAUACAUAUUAUUAGGAGGAAACACACUUUGAAUACACAUCUGCGAUUGAGGCACAAAUGUAUUCUCGUCAAUGGAGACCAUGUCCCAAUUGUGGAUUAAUAACGUUUACUGGUAUGCGUGUGACACCACAUGCCUUCACAUGUGUACAUGUAGAUAAGUUUAUCACGAUAAGCUGACGCGCGUCACUUUCUCACUUCAUUGAAAUAUCGGUUGCCGCGAAAAUUGACGGGAAUCUUUGUUUAGUGAUAGAUCUUUGACUAAAUAGAGUGUGUCCUGUUACGCCCAAACAUAGGUUUUUAGUAAAAUAAAUUCAAAGCGCUGAAGGCACUGGAAUUGUUUUUUUAUUUUGUUAACAGAAGGAACUGUAGUACCACACUUUUGGUGUAAACCCAACUUUGGUGGGUAGAUAUAUUUAAUGAAACGAAAACUACUCUGAUUGUGUCUCAAAGGGGGUAAUCACGUGAUUAUCAAGAUGGCGACGUCCAUGCAGAGUUUGCCGUUGUAUACCCUUAAUUACUUGUAUUAAUUUUUAAAAUUCCGCUCACUUUCCCGCCAUAUUAGCAAGACAGUUACUGGCGUUUAUUUCGUGGCAAGAUUCGCUCAACAAUCACAAACAAUAAAAACUUAGAAACGGAAGUUUUUCACGAAACGCAGUCGGAGACAACUAUGAGCCACGCCCACUCGACAGACAAACCACAAAAUCGAGAGCAAUCGCACGAAUUGGCAGCCGAACCACCGCAUAUGGAACAAACACCAGAGAAUUGGUACAAACAACCGAAAGCAACAACACAACAUAUACGCACGGCAUCGGCAUCUAGAGGACGAACGACCACAAAAUCCAAAAACGUUAAUGCACUCUCAAAUGUCCUCAAUAACACUAUGAAAAACAAAACUACACAAGGUCCGCCGACGCCACGUGCAACGCAAAGAAACCGCUCCGCUUCUAUAAAUAGAAACACGGGGAAACCCAAAUACAAUACACCACCCAAAGAUGUAAACAAUUCGAUUCCAAUAAACACACCAAAUGCUGGGACAAACCAGGAACACCCACGCACAGCACAAUAGGAAAUACAGGAGAAAAAUGGACUCGAUUUCUGCCUUUGGAAUAUUCAAGGAUUAAUUGGAAGAAGAUUUGACAAAUUAAACAACAGUGAAGAAGUGCAAUCAUUAUUUUUGAAUAAAGACAUAAUUUUGUUAACAGAGACUUGGUUGAACAAACUCCACAACUGCACAGUGGACGGCUUUUCACAUUUUAUACUGAACAGAACUAACAAGCAUAAAAAUGCAAAAAGAGACAGUGGUGGACUUAUUAUAUAUGUUAGAAAUAAUCUAAAACAAAAUGUAGAAUUGCUUAAAUAUAAAAAUGAUAGAAUAAUUUGGUUAAAAAUAGAUAAGUCUGUUUUCAAUUCUGAAAAUGAUGUAUUUGUAUGUCUUUUAUACAAUGUACCAACUGGCAGUGCGAGAGAAGUGUAUGAUGAUGAAAACAUUUAUGAUUCAUUAAUACAAGAUAUUGUAGAAUUUAAUGCUAUAUAUGAAAACAAAACUAGCUUUAUUAUUACAGGUGAUUUUAAUUCCAGAACUGGGAAUCGCAAUGACUUUGUAAAUGAUGAAUACCUGCAUAACUUAAAUAUGAUGCCUGAUGAUUACAGUAUAGAUGUAUUCUUGCCGCGAAACAGUCAAGACAAAAUUGUUAACGAAAAUGGCAAAUUGUUAAUUGACUUCUGUAAACAAACAGGCCUCCGUAUCAUGAAUGGUCGUGUAUGUGAAGACUCGCACUUAGGUCGGUACACAUGUAUAAAGGACGCUGGUUGCAGUGUUGUUGACUAUGUACUAUGUAUGCCAGAAAUGAUGCCAAAGUUCACACAAUUCUCAAUAUCAGAUCCAAGCAUAGAAUCAGAUCACUGCAAAAUAGAAUUUUCCAUUAAAACUGAACACAGAAACGCGGAAUUAAAUAUAAACAGCGAAAAUGAACCAAGAAACUUACCGCAAAUAGAUCAUACUUUUAUAUGGGAUGAAAAUAAAAGAUUAUUUUUUAUCAAUAACCUUGAAUCUGAAGAAAUAACACAUGAAUUACACAAUCUAACCUCAAAUAUAGACACAAUUACCCAAUCUUCAGAAAUUGAUAAUAAUCUUGAAACAUUUUGCAACUUAUUAAACAAAACUUGCUCACCAUUAAAAACCCCAUCAAAAACAGAAAUAAACAGACAAAAACACAGAAUAGUUGGUUUGACAAUGAAUGUAAACAAAAACAGACAGAUUUUUACGAAACCCUCAAUAAUUACAGAUCUGAUAAUAGUGACGAAAACAGGAAAAAUAUGGUACAAGUCAGGUCACAAUACAAAUCACUCGUAAGAUCAAAAAAGUUCAAACACGAUAGAAAAAAUACAGAAAAACUAAUUAAUGCUAGAAUGAACAACGCAAAGGACUACUGGAAACUAUUAAAAAGCUUAUGUACAAAUAACACAUCUACAAACAUAACACAUGAUACCUUUGCUAGAUAUUUUAAAGCAGUAAACUGUCCAGACUCAACAUUCUACCAAGCAGAUGAAGACACCCUACAUUUUAAUGAAAGAUAUGUUAAAGGGGAAUUCAAUAUUAUGUUUGAAGAACUAAACAUUGAAAUAAGCAAUGAUGAAAUACUUAAAGCAUGUAAAGAGUUGAAAAAUAAUAGAUCAGGAGGACCAGACUACUUCAUAAACGAAAUUUUCAAAUACGGCAUAAAUAAUCUUCUUAACUAUUUAAGUAAAUUAUUUAAUAAGAUCUUCAAUUUAAACUACUUCCCACAAAAAUGGUCAAACGGUUUCAUAAUACCACUGCAUAAAAAAGGAGACAUAAACAAUCCAGAGAAUUAUAGAGGAAUUACACUACUAAGCACACUCGGAAAACUAUUCACAAGAAUCCUCAAUAAUAGACUUAAUGCAUGGGCCGAAAAUUACAGUGUUUACGUAGAAGCACAAGCCGGUUUCCGAUCAAACAUGUGUACUACUGAUAAUAUUUUUAUUCUUCACGCGGUGAUACAACAAAUGUUAAAUAACAACAAGAAAUUAUUUGUCUGUUUUGUCGAUUACACAAAGGCGUUCGACUUACUAGUAAGAGAAAAUAUAUGGCACAAACUUAUCAAACUAGGCAUCAGAGGUAAAAUGUUAGACAUCAUCACAUCGCUUUACUCAAAUGUUAAAUCAUGCAUUAAAUUUAAUAACUGCUUAAGUGAAAGCUUUAUAUGCAACCUCGGGGUCCGCCAAGGAGACUGUUUGUCACCGUUUCUAUUUGCAAUGUAUAUAAACGACCUUGAAGAGACAUUGAUAUUAAAAGGCCACAACGGAAUAAGUAUCCACAUGCUCAAACUAUUCUUACUCUUAUAUGCUGAUGAUAUAACAAUAAUGUCAGAAAAUGAACAAGACCUUCAGCAUGGAUUAGACAUUUUAUAUCAAUAUUGUAAUCAAUGGAAAUUGACGCUGAAUGUUCAGAAAACAAAAGUUUUAAUAUUCAAGAAAGGAGGAAGAAACCCAAGGGGACAACAUUUUCUAUACGGCAACCAAGAACUUGAAAUUGUCACAAAUUUUCAAUAUUUGGGAAUAACAUUUUCCUCAAAAGGAUCCUUCAACCUAACAUUCGAUAAACUUGCAGGACAGGGCCUAAAAGCAAUAUUUAAACUAAGAUCAUAUUUAUAUAAAUUCACUGAUAUCUCAAUUGAACACUCGUUAUCGCUAUUCGAUAAACUAAUAACACCAAUUCUGAAUUAUGCAAGUGAGGUUUGGGGUUUCAAUAACAGUAAAAGAUUAGAGAAGAUACACUUAAAAUUUUGCAAACAGCUUUUAGGAGUUAAGUUACAAACACAAAAUAACUUUAUAUACAGCGAACUUGGGCGAUUUCCUCUAAAAUGCAGCAUUGUAGCUAAUAUUAUUCGAUACUGGUUCAAAAUCUUAAAAUGCCCAGAGACCAAACUAAUCAAAAUCACAUAUAAAAUGAUGUUGAUAGAACUAGAAGCUAACCCAAACAAACCAUCUUGGGUGAAAUCACUAAAAGAAUGUCUAGAACAAUUAGGCUUUUUUCAUGUAUGGCUAAAUCAGGGUGUUGAAAACGAAGACUUAUUCAUGUCAUCUCUAAAACAAAGAGCACAAGAUAUUUUCUUGCAAAACUUAAACAAUGAACUCCACAUGUCCUCAAGAGCAUCAACUUAUAUACUUUUCCACAACUUUGGCUACAAAAACUAUCUCAACAGUUUAAAUAUAAAAAAAUACCGACAAGCUUUCACACGUCUCAGGACAUCAUCACACAGACUCGCUGUAGAAACAGGAAGGUGGCACAAACCAAACAAAAUACCAAGAAACGAACGAAAAUGCCUAUCUUGCAAUACACUAGAAGAUGAAUUCCACUUUUUAUUAGAAUGCCCACUUUACAAGGAAAUAAGAAAAUUACACAUUAAAAAAUACUAUUGGAAACAUCCAAACAUAAUUAAAUUUUCAGAACUAAUGUCCGCAAACAACAAUGGUAUACUAAAAAACCUAGGAAUAUAUAUACAUAAAUCACUGGUGUUAAGAGAAAAUAUAUACUCACAGAAUUAGUUAUUAAUCACCUAUUACAUAAAAUAAAUAUAAUUAUACUCACAACCAUGCGAGCCUGGCAAACCCGUCAAUAUGUGAAAUGGCAAUCCAGCUUUUCUAUGUUUUCACAGCCCCUUAUUACAGCAACGAUGAAAACACACACCACUAUUUUUUAACCAAAUUAGUAGAAAAACAAUUUGUGUCAAGAAACAGUAGUGGUACCUGAAAUUGAAAAGACAAAAAUACACUGGUAUUACAAAAAGAUACAACAUAAAACACAAUUAUGUUUAUUAGGUGUAUUGCAAACAUAAGAAUCAAAUAAACAUCAAUAGUAAACAUCAUAUUUUAUUAACAUGUAAGCCAGUAUAUGUAUAUUGCUCAUUUUUAUGUAGGUGUACAUGUAUGUAUCUAAGUUUAUAACAGUUGUCCAUCAUAUACCAUGCUAUUUUAUUCUAUGUUGUUACUAAAACUUACAAAAUUUGCAUAAUCUGUAAGGUUUUCUUAUUGGUGAACGCAAAUACAA